AUGUCUUCUCAACAACCACUUCCAAAUACACAGCAGCCGCUUGACGUUUAUGGUGGAGACGAAGUAUCAGCCCUCGUUCUCGACGCCGGUUACUGCCACACACGAGCCGGUUUCGCAGGCGAAGAUGUCCCCAAAUCAGUCCUCCCCUCCUUUUAUGGCAGCGUAAAAUAUGGCGAUGGCGAAGCUGCUACGUAUCGCGAAGUCUUUGGCGACGAGUGCUUGAUCCCCCGCGCCGACUUGGAGAUAAAAAAUUACAUGUCGCGCAGCGAAAGCGUAGUCGAGGAUUGGGAUGCCGCAACUAAGAUUUGGGAGCAUACCCUCAUCAAGCGUUUGCAACCAGAUAAGCCAACGCCGCCUAGUAAAAAUGGCCUUAAUGACCCGGCUGAGGACGGAGAGGGCGACGUCGCUAUGGAGGAUAUAGAGGAGCAGGAAAAGCCCCUAGCUGAGAAUCCUCUUCUGAUGACCGAGGCGCCGUGGAAUUCUGGUAAGGCGCGGGAGAAGGCGAUCGAAAUUGCUAUGGAGAACUGGGGUUGCCCUGCAUUCUGGCUAUCGAGAACGCCUGUAUGCGCUGCGUUCGCCGCCGGCAAGGCCUCAGCACUAGUUAUUGAUGUCGGUGGCGCGAAUACGAGCGUUACAGCUAUCCACGAUGGCAUGAUCCUAAAGCGAUCGAUCCAGAAGUCUCCAGUUGGAGGAUUAUGGUUGUCACAGCAGAUCCGAACUAUGUGGGAGAACAACGACCCUAAGAUUGAUGUCGUACCGUCUUUUAUGAUCGAAAAUAAGACCCCUGUGGAUGCGGGAGCGCCUGCUCAGGCGAGGCUACGCAAGUUCCCAUUCGAGAUUCAUCCGUCGUUCCGUACCUACGAGGAGGAGCGCCUCUUGACUGAAUACAAGGAAUCAGUCGUUGAAGUCUGGCGAGGGCCUGGUAGGUACUCUAAUCCAGGUAACGAGGACCUCGUUAGGUCACAGCCUGGUCGCGUGUUUGAAAUGCCGAACGGAUCAAAUCAGAUGUGGAGAGAGCAGCGAUUUAGAGUUUCGGAGGGCAUGUGGGAUGAGACAGCAGCAUUGCCAACGGCGGAUGGUAUAGCGAAGGCUCAGACUAUCCCAGAGCUAAUCAAGGCUGCCAUUAAUGCGGUUGAUGUAGAUCUGCGACCUAACCUACUAGGAAACAUCGUUGUAACGGGCGGUACGAGUUUGCUCAACGGGUUCGGCGACCGUCUAAACAACGAGCUAAUGGCAAUGUACCCGGGCAUGAAAAUUAAGCUACACGCCCCUGGCCUGACUACGGAGCGACGCUUUGGUGCGUGGAUUGGAGGCAGCAUUCUCGCAAGCUUAGGAACGUUCCACCAGAUGUGGAUCUCGCGUAAGGAGUACGAAGAGAACGGUGCGGGAAUUGUUGAGAAGCGAUGCAAGUAA